UUUUUUCUCUCGAAAACUUACAGAAGAUCCUAGUUGGCAUUGGUUAUUAAGCGGCGCGCAAUACAGUGAUUUGCGUUACUUCAAUGGAAAACAAAUAAGUGGAUAAAUUUCAUAUCAUGGAGAAACGUGAAGGUGUUAGGCGUCCUUUAGAUGAUGCAGCUAAAGAAAGAAGACAAAAGAAAACACUAAGCUUGUUAGAACAAGAUAACCAUAUUGAAGAACCACAUACCGAUGUGAAAGGCACUAAAAAGCCUCAAUUCGGAGAUGAGGAUGAUGACAUUUCAGCGAAGCGCCGUAAAAAAAAGCGUAUAUCAAAUAUGCGUUCGCGUUGUAGGAAAACAUUUGAAAUUUUACUAGAUGAAGAAUACCAAGCAACAAAAGGAGGAGCUACGGGUGCUUGUUAUUUUACUGCUGCUGCCCCUUCUACAAAGCUGCCUAUCCGGAAGUUUUGUAAUGUUUGUGGUUUUAAAGGACUGUAUAAUUGUAUGAUAUGUAGUUUACCAUAUUGUAGCAGAAAGUGUUUUGAAAUACAUUCAGAUACGCGGUGUAUGAAAUGGGUUGCCUAAACCUACUAUACAUAUAACCGCUGUAAGAAGUAAUUGUAUAUAUCUUUUUGAACUCUUGCACUUAAUUCCUUCAAGAUAUUCACUACUUUUGUACACCUCCACUGCAUUCCUUACUUUUAAAUUGUAUAUUUAUUUCGCUUGUAAAGUCCUUUAAGUAUAAAGUUUUGUGCUUGGUAAUUGUGCAGUUUUACUAUUCAUUCUUCUGUAUAUUCUUUAUCCUUC